AUGUCUGCCGCUGUGACCAGUCCUACCUUGGAAGCUGCUCUAGCUCACAUGGGUACUGUGUCUCCCACAGCCGCGCAACGCCGUGCGAUUCCCUCCAUGCGAGCCGGUAACGAUGUGGUGGCGGUGGCGCCUACAGGUUCUGGUAAGACGCCUGCUUAUGCCGUUCCUUUACUUUCAGAGUUACUGUCCGGGAGUCGGGCGCCAAAUCGUUCAGCCCCACAUGCGUUGGUGCUAGCCCCAACACGAGAGCUUGCGGAGCAGCAAGCCCGCAUGCGCGCAUGCGGCACGCUUGCCGUAGAGCGAUAUCGAACAGGCGAAGUGUGGGUUCUGAUCGCAAUAGAUGUAUUGGCACGCGGGUUGGAUUUUGUAGCGGUAGAGAGCGUGGUGAACUACGACAUGCCGAUUAGCGCAUCGGCAGACGUGCAUAGAAUCGGAAGAACAGGGAGGAACGGGCGAAAAGGGACGGCAGUGACGCUGUUCACUAGGGAGGAUCGAGUAUUGCUAGGUCCUGUUCUGGAAGUGGCAGAGGUGAGUGGAGCAGACGUGCCAAAGUGGGCGUUGAAACUCAAAGGCGUGAGAAAAGAUGUGGUGAGGAGAAUGGAGAAGAGACCACCAACGCGGAAGGGAAUUGGGGGACCUAAUCGUGGAAGCAUUGGAAAACGACACAAACAGGAAAAGAGGUUGGAGUCGGGGAGUCGGACUGAGGAGGGCGUAGCGAAUCGACAAGUGACGGGAAGAAAAGAAAUUCAGCGACAAGGGGAAAACAGACGAGGAGGAAGAAAAGGGGUGCAAGCGAUGGGUCUCAAUGUUGCCACUGGUUUUGAAGAGGAAGAGUAUGAAUGA